AUGGAAGAAAAAAUCAAUACAGAUUCCAAAGAACAUGCUGUUGAAAUUUUACAACAAUUGAAUGAAUAUCGUAAAACUGGACGUCAUUGUGAUUUCAGGAUCAAAGCCGGAUCUGAGGAACUUCCUGUUCAUAAGAAUAUUGUGUCGGCAAGUUCCGAUUAUUUUAAAGCAAUGUUAUCUCAUGAAAAUGUUGAAACAAAAUCUGGUGUCGUUGAAAUAAAGGAGUUUGAUGAAGUUUGUGUUAAAAAAUGUGUUGAUUUCAUUUACACUGGGGAUGCUUAUGUUGCCAAAGAAAAACGUGAAACACUCAUGGGUGUCGCUCACAUGAUGCAGCUGCAAAGACUUUGUGAUAGUAUCGCAAUUUUUCUGGAAGAUGAUCUUGAUCCUAGAUCGUUUUUUCAAACUAAAAAAAUUGCAAAUAGGAGAUUUCUUGUAGAAAAUGAACCACUAAUACUUGAAUCUGGAAAAUCUCUUCAGUCAUUGACUUUGUCAGUUUUUGACAGUCAUCAUGGGGAUACUAUUUCAAAAGAUUUCAAUUUAACAGAGAAUAAACAGCUUGUUGUUUUUGACGAAACUUCUCAAAGAAUGCAUUCUCUUGAUGUUGAUGAUAAAACAUGGACACCAAUGCAAACCAUAGAUCAAGCAAUUAAUCAGAAUACAUUAUAUUCUGCUGUAGUGAUGGAAUCUUACAUUUAUGUGAUUUGUAGAAAUGGAUCGUUUUAUAGACUUGAAUAUGCUGAAUCAAAUGCAAAGUGGGAACAAAUGACAAAUCUAAAUCUUCAGUAUGCUUGUGCAGUUGCACUAGAUGGUUUUGUUUAUGGUAUUGAGUAUCAGAGUUACUCAAACAAUAUGGAAAGAUAUGAUUUAUCAAAUAAUAGAUGGACCAGACUAACAAACAAAUCAUUGAUUCUGGCUCAUGAAUCUCUGGUAUCUGCUGAUGAAAAGGUGUUUUGUAUUGCUGGAUGUUCUAAGCAACGUCUAGCAGGACAAUAUAGGCAGCAAUAUCGAGCAACAAACCAAGUUGAGAUUUAUGAUCCUGUCACAUCAACUUGGUCAAUGGAUAAUAGAUCAUUGAAUGAAGCAAGAUAUUGUGCAUCUGCAACUGCUACAGAGGAAGGAAUAUAUAUUAUGGGAGGUUAUAAUGUUAAUAGUAACACUAUUGAUAGUGUUGAAUUUCGUUCAUCUGUAACUAAAACCUGGAUGAUGUUGAAACCAAUGAAAACUGCAAGAGCAGAGUUUGGUAGUUGUGUGAUUGAUGACAAAGUUUAUGUCAUUGGUGGAAAUGAAAAUUCUGCAAAUAUAGAGGAAUAUGAUCCUGAAACAAAAGAAUGGAAAAUUAUUGAAACAAUACAAGGAAAAAAUAUAAUUUCAUUGGCAACUGUUGCAAUAUAUAUAUAACAUUAAUUACUCUUAUACUUCACAAAUAUAG